AGCCGGGCCUGGCGAGCGGCGGCGGGAGGAAGCGGCGGCCGCGCCGCGCCGGGCGGAGGGAGCGGCUCUGGGCGCGGCCCCGGCCAUCGAUCCGUGCCACUUCCCCUAAUGGCCCGUCUCUUCCUCCCCCUCCUCCUCCCCUAGGGCGGAUCGUCCCCCGGGCUCUCCUGUAUGUGAGAGCCGGGGCCCACGACUCGGACGGAGCCGGGCCGCGGGAGGGCUGAGCCGGGAGCCGCCGCGGGAGCAGCGGAGGCUUCGGGGAGCGCUUCCUUCCCAACGCCCGCAGCGCCGAGGGCGGCAGCCCCAGCAUGGAAGCCAUCGCCAAGUACGACUUCAGAGCCACCGCAGAUGACGAGCUGAGCUUUAAACGGGGGGAUAUCCUUAAGGUUUUGAAUGAAGAAUGUGAUCAGAACUGGUACAAGGCAGAACUCAAUGGAAAAGACGGCUUCAUUCCCAAGAACUACAUAGAAAUGAAACCACACCCAUGGUUUUUUGGAAAGAUUCCUCGAGCAAAAGCUGAAGAGAUGUUAGGCAAACAGAGACACGAUGGUGCCUUCCUCAUCAGAGAGAGUGAGAGUGCUCCUGGGGACUUCUCACUCUCAGUCAAGUUUGGAAAUGAUGUGCAGCACUUCAAGGUGCUUAGGGAUGGGGCUGGCAAGUAUUUCCUCUGGGUGGUGAAGUUCAAUUCUUUGAACGAGCUGGUAGAUUAUCACAGAUCCACAUCUGUCUCCAGGAACCAGCAAAUAUUUCUCCGGGACAUUGAGCAGGUGCCACAGCAACCAACAUACGUUCAGGCCCUGUUUGAUUUUGAUCCCCAGGAGGAAGGAGAGCUAGGCUUCCGCCGUGGAGACUUUAUCCAAGUCCUUGACAAUUCUGACCCCAACUGGUGGAAGGGAGCCUGCCACGGACAGACGGGCAUGUUUCCACGCAACUAUGUGACCCCGGUGAAUCGGAACAUCUAGAGAUAAAUAUUAGAGAUUAUUUAAAGAAACCAGAGAAACAGUAAAUACGCAUACAGAGUCUAACUGCAGCCAGUGACCUAAAACCACACGGCGAUAAAACCUGAGUCGCAUUUCACCAUGAGGUGAUCCUCCUUCACUCAGUAUGGAACUUCAGGGGCAGGGGGGGGGUUCAACUUACACACCAAAACUUAUCUUUAAAAAACAGAAAAAAAAAGAGAGAAAAAAAGAAAUGAACAUAACAAAUUUCCUCAGCUGCUCCUGGGUUACCCCCUUUUAUUCACUCUUCUUGUUUCUCCCUUCUCCUCCUCCUCCUCUGUCCAUCAGUGCAUGACGUUUUAAUGCCAUAUAAAGUCCUAGCCAUGCAGUUAAAGGAAAAGGGAGAAACUCUGCGGGUAUUUUCUCUCUCUGCAAGCAGUCUUCAUUUGACAUGAAGGGACAUGAGAGAAGAAACAAAUCCACAGUCCUGCCUUUAAAAAAAAAAACAAAAAAACAACAAAAAAAAUCAUCAGUCUUUGCUUUUGCCUUCAACAUUCAGCUCUUCUGGCCUGGGAAAGAUGAGGUAUUGCUCUAAUUUUUAUUUUCUUCUGGCGCUCAGCAGCUUCCAAGCAGAGGAAGGGAGAAAAAUGUGUGUGGCUUUUUUUGUUGUUGUUGUUGUUUUUUGAUUUCUUUUGAGUCACAGAGCUGCUUUGAGAAAUUCCAACCUACAACUGAAGUCUGUUCUUGCUGUGCUGACAGCUUUUUUUUUGUUUUUUCUUAAAGGUGUACGGUUGAGCACAUUCUGUAAUUUUUUCCAUAGUGCCUUCCCUUAUUUUCUUUUAUUAAUUAUUUUUUUAAGUUAAAAGAACAGUCCAGAGCUUUUCAGAGAAAUUUUUUUUUGCCUGUGUAAAUAUAUUGGGGGGAACGGUGUAAAGGAGGGUGGUUUCACCAAUAGACAUUUAAGAAAAAAAUUACAAACAGAGAUGGAGCUUUAAUUUUAAGAUUUGUCUUACUGUUUGACUUUCCUUAUUCCAAGGAAAAAAAAAUAUCCGAGGCAUUCAGUGGCAGCUUAGGCUGCUUGAAGGUGGGGAGCUGCAACCAGGAGCCUCAAAAGAAGAAAGAGAAAGUGGAAAGUGUUAUAACCAGGGAAAAUGAGGAAGAAUAUUUUGAGGAAGGGAGAGGCAAGGUGGGAAUUUGAGAUAUCCUAUAAAACAUACAUUCCUUUGAUGGAGAACUCUAUCAUGCAGAAGAACCUCGAGUGCUUGAAAACACACUAUGCCAUUAGCGAAUGUUUCUACAUGAUGUAUGUAAUCAGCCUAUCUUUUUUGGCCUGGAUAGGGAAUAUUUGCAGUCACGUUGCUCUUGAAAAGUGGGGUUGGCAUCACUGUUCUCCAUUUUCUCCUCCCUCCUCAGGUCAAUGUUACUGUUGAAAAAGUAGGUUUCCCUCCCCUGCUCCCCAUUCACAGCAGGCUGUGUGAUGACAGUAUUCCCCACCCCUCACCAGAACAGCAUUUAUUUUCACCAUUUGCUCCUCUGCCAGAGCAGUGUCAGUCGGACGGAAAGGAAAGAAAUCAAACUGCACCGCUCUUUGUGCCAAUCUUCAGUUGCAUUAUUUUUCCUUUGAUGGCCACUUGGCUGGAUCCCUUCACCCCACCAACGAAUCCAAAAGCUGCAACGGAGAUCUCCUCCUGCCCUGCCAAAGCACGGGCAAUCUUUUGUUGGAGGGUGCCUUUUUUUUGUACUAAGUGUUACAAGUGUUUUAAUCCUGAAAUGGACUCUGCCUUACACUUUAAUUUUCCAGCAGAUGAAAGAGAGAGCUAUCCUGUAGAGUAUUACUUUCUCUCCCUCUCCUUGCUAGCUGUCACUCACUUUCUUCCUUCUUUGUAAAGUGAUUGGAAAAGGAAUCUAUGGCAUUCUACACCUGGACCAUUUGAUUGUUUCCUUAUUUUGGAAUUGGUGUAUAUCAUGCAGCCUUGCAGACAUGUCUUGUGUGUGUAUAUAUAUUAAAAUCAGUGUUUAAAUAAAAAAAAGGCCUAUGUACUUAAUCCUUUAACUCUGCAGCAGCAUUUGGUAGAUAGUAAUUAACUGUGAAUAAUAAAUAUACAUUGAAUUCUUCA